AAAGAUGAACAAGGGCCACAAGUAACAGUAUAAAUCAAAGAAACAAUGAUUAAAUAUUGAGGAUGAAAACACCAAUCAAUUAAGAAAAACAGCAAAAACUGUUUCUUUUUUUCAGCCAAAAAAAACAUGGAAAAUUUAGAAAUGGAAAGAGAGCUUUACAAUGCAGCAGUGAGAGGCGACCUACACAGCUUCAUUAUUAAAAGAAACAAUGAAAUAGAAAGUGGAAGUGAUGAAUAUUUUCUAAGGCAGAGCUUCCCUCAGCAAAACAAUAUCCUUCACUUAGCAAUCCGACGUGAGCAAUAUUUGUUGAUAAAAGCAGCAGCUUUGAUGGGGUUAUUACCAAGAACAACCAUGGAUAAGUUGAUAAAUCAGCGCAACUACGACGGAAACACCCCUCUCCAUGUCGCGGCCGAGGUCGGCAACGUCUCGAUUUGUAAGGUAUUCCUACACGAAUACAACUACAAGACGGUGGCGGACAAGGCGGGGCCGUGGAGGGUGGAGAAUGUACACGGCAACACGCCACUACAUGUUGCACUUAUUUAUGGUAACGUCGAGGUUGCCGCAUUGUUGGUCCAGGAGUAUCCUCACCUGGCUCGUGUUAUUAACAAAUCCAAGGAGACGCCUCUCCAUCUUAUAACCUACCAAGAUAUUGAUAUACCAAUCAAGGAAGAAGAAGAAGCCACUUCGGCAUAUCUUGGGUUAAUAAAAUUGCUGGUAGAGAAAGAAAGUUGUGUAACAUGUUGGCGUGAUGCAAAUGGUUUGACUCCUCUACAUAGAGCAGCGUCAAUAACCUCAGCCUACAAUCUCCCGAUCAUUAGACUCAUACUUGAGCAAUGCCCACAGUCUGCAGAGGUGCGUGAUAGUUCCGGCAUGACCAUCUUACACCUUCUGAAAUGGAUACCGAGCUACAAAGCAGGUGAAGAAUUGCUUAAAAUUCCAGAAAUACAUGAUCUGAAGAAUUACCAGGAUAACCAAGGAAAUACACCAUUACAUAUGGCAGUAAAAAAUCAGAACCUUAACUUGGUGCGAGUUCUUUUGGCUUCCUCCGCCAAAUUAAGCAUCAGAAAUAAGGAUGGCAUUUCAGCUGCAUAUUUGAUUCAAGAACAAAUUCAGAUUAUCAUGGAGAAAAGAGAAAUGACAAUGGAGGAAUGUAGAGCAAUAGAAAUGGCAUCUAUACCCUAUUUAACUGAAAGAUUGCACAAGUUUGGGAUGAAUUUCUUAUUUUCAUUAGAUUCCAAAGGGAGGAAUAUAGUUCAUAAGUUAAUGAACAUAAACAGGGGAACUCUUAUAGUACAAACUGAUGUUGUUAAUUUCAUAGAACAAGUGCUUGACAUUUUUCCAGCACUUGUUUGUCAAGUAGACAUUAACGGGGACACUCCACUUCAUAUCUUAGUUCGAAAUCCUUUCAAUACCAUGAUCCGUAUCCCUGUUCCGAGUACGCAACAGAACAACUAUAAUCUGUCAUCGUUGUCAACAUUAGAGCUUUUGCCCAAGUUAUUAGAGCUAUGUCGUACUUAUUUCCAGAUAGCGGAAGCAGGGGUGAAUGUGAAAGGAAGCCACUAUGAUCCGCCAUGGUUGAUGCAAAACGUCGAAGGAAAUACGCCUCUUCAUGAAGCUUUCAUGGCAGAUAGUGAUACAAAUAUGGUGAGGACAUUGUUAACUUUGGAUAUCGAUAUCACUUCUAAGUUACUCAAUAAACGUGAACAAACACCUCUCCAUCUUUUAGCUGGACGUUCCCAAGAAGUGGAGCCACUAGAGAGGGAAGUGAUAAUAUCACUAGUGAAAGCAAAUGAAGGAGCAGCUUUUUCCCUUGAUAAAGAUGGCCUAACCCCGUUUCUCAGAGCUGUUAAAAUUGGUAACCUGAGUACAAUUGCAACACUGAAUGCUCUUUCUCCAGAGGCCACACCCAUGGGUGACGCCAAUAACGGCGAGACACUGUGGCAUCUGCUUCUAAAUCAUGCUGCAUACUCUACAUGGCGUCUUGUUCGAUCAGAUCCGUAUAUGAGAAGUCUAUUAGUACUACAAGAUAAUGAAGGUAACACAGCAUUGCAUCUUGCGAUUGAACGUCGACUUUUUCAACAUGCCAUCUAUUUUCUAGACUCAGAGACAUCCCCGAAAGCUAGACAAAAAUGGAUGAUGGAACUUCUACAGAUAGAAACUAAGGGUGGUAUUACUCCUAGCGAUUUAAUAAGAUCUGCACUACAAGUACCUGAGAAUUUUGAAGAGUUCAUGAAAGAUGAACCUACAAUGAUAGGUAUUCGAAGCGUGUGGGAAGUUCCUACAAUGCAAAUGACUGAAUAUGCAGACACAAUGGGUGUAACAGCAGCACUAUUGACAACAAUAACAUUCACAGCAGCAUUCACUGUUCCUGGUGGAGUAGUCCAAGAUAAAGGAACUCCACUACUGAUGAAAAAUGCAGCGUUUCAGAUUUUUCUGAUUUCAGAUAUAUUGGCUAUGUGCCUAUCCAUGAUGGUCUUAUUUUGUCUCCUUUGGGUAGUGGCUUGUGCGGAUAAAGGCAAAGCCGUGGUGUUGAUGGAUUUCAGCAUUAUAUUGCUCCUACUAUCAUUUUACACAACUCUUCUCACUUUUAUGGCGGGUUUGUAUGCUACCGUCUUUCCUUCAGAUCCUUGGAUCGCGAUCAUCACUUUGGUUCUAUGCUCUUUGUUGAUGCUUCUCAUGGACAAACAUCUUGUCAUGGGGUGUUUGGUUCCAUUUGGGAGAUUUGUACUUCUUUUUGGUCAGAAGUUUUUGCGGUAUGUCCGAUCACCUAUGAAAAUCUUAGAUCUUAUCCGACCAUGUUGCAGCACUAAAUUGUUGCACGAUUGCCAGUAAUUAUGCCUCUUUUAGUAACCACUCUUCCGCGGAUCUACAUUCGACAACCUAUAUUUUAAAGUGUGUAAGGAUAAUAGAUUGAGAUUUGUAUUUAUAUGAGUAAUAAUCAGUCUGCCUUUUCUAAUGGGGAAUUUAGAUGAGGAUUAUUCCUAGUUUAAUAUGCUAUCAUAUAGAAUAAUCUCAAAAUUUUGAACUAUGAAAAACAUAGUUUCUUCUCUAUUGCCCAUCUGUGGAGAUAUGUAUUGUUGGAUUUUAUCCAAGUUGAACGCGAAGGUUUAUUGUU